AUGUGUGUGGACUUCGCCCUUGGAGACAGGCUGCAGCAGCAAAUGAGGAAAGCAACAGGUGGACCCGCAUCACAGAUGCACUCUCACAGUCCUGUUCUCUUGAGACCGGAUGAGACAGGUCUUAUCACCGUCUUUCCCACUUUCAAGAUGAGGAGGCUGAGAGCAGGAGUUGGUAUAAAAAAUUAUGAUUUAAUUGGCUCAGGUACGCUGUGGGCUUUGGAAUUCUGCAAAGAUCUCCGCGUGACACUAGCUAGCGGACAAGCUGAGGAACCACCGUCUGGGGCCUCCGGCGGAAGCAGGUACCGAGCACGCAAGGAAGCGAAUCCGCACAGAGCGCAGACCGAUAACGUGGGCGGGGCGGCUCUCCCGGAAGUGCGCCUGGAGCCGGGGCCGCGCGCGCAGGUUCGCUGUACGGGGCUGCGCGCCUGGCCCGGGGCGCGGCUGGGCACGCUGGAGCCGCCGGCCUCGGUCGCCGAGGCGGUGUCGUCCCUGACCAUCGCCGACGCGUUCGUCGAGGCUGGCGAGAGCCCGGGCCCGCCCCCGCCGCCCCCCGCGCUUCCCAGGAGGUUCAUCUGCUCCUUCCCCGACUGCAGCGCCAGUUACAACAAGGCCUGGAAGCUUGACGCGCACCUGUGCAAGCACACGGGGGAGAGACCAUUUGUUUGUGACCAUGAAGGGUGUGGCAAAGCCUUUGUCAGGGACUACCAUCUGAGUCGCCACAUCCUGAUUCAUACUGGAGAAAAGCCGUUUGUUUGUGCAGCUGUUGGCUGUGACCAAAAAUUCAACACAAAAUCAAACUUGAAGAAACAUUUUGAACGCAAACAUGAAAAUCAGCAAAAACAGUAUGUAUGCAAUUUUGAAGGUUGCAAGAAGACCUUUAAGAAACAUCAGCAGCUGAAAACCCAUCAGUGCCAGCACACCAACGAACCACUAUUCAAGUGUCCCCAGGAAGGAUGUGGGAAGCACUUUGCCACGCCCAGCAAGCUGAAACGACACAGCAAGAUCCACGAGGGCUAUAUUUGUCAAAAAGGAUGUUCUUUUGUGGCAAAAACAUGGACAGAACUUCUGAAACAUGUGAGAGAAACCCAUAGAGAGGAAAUAACAUGUGAAGUAUGCCGGAAAACAUUUAAACGCAAAGAAUAUCUUAAGCAACAUAUGAAAACUCAUGCCCCAGAAAGGGCUGUAUGUCGAUGUCCAAGAGAAGGCUGCGGAAGAACCUACACGACUGUGUUCAAUCUCCAAAGCCAUAUCCUCUCUUUUCAUGAGGAAAAGCGUCCUUUUGUGUGUGAACACGCUGGCUGUGGCAAAACAUUUGCAAUGAAACAAAGUCUCACUAGGCAUGCCAUUGUACAUGAUCCUGACAAGAAGAAAAUGAAGUUUAAAGUAAAAAAAUCUCGUGAAAAACGAAGUUUGGCCUCUCAUCUCAGUGGAUAUAUCCCUCCUAAAAAGAAACAAGAAGAACAAGGCUUAUCUUUUUCUAAAAACGGAGAGUUACUGAACUGUGUGAAAGACCAGGUGCUCUCGACAGUUGCAAUACUUACCCGCAACUAGAUACCACCUGCGUUCUUUGGAGGACCACAGACCAAUGAGCUCGGCUCUCUUCUCUCAGAAGCAUAUUUUUCUUUAUUAAAAUCACAGUUGUACAACA